AUGAUGUUUUUCAAGCCUCCAUCCCCCGCCCUCCCAGGUGCUCCUUCCUUUCUCGAGGUAGACUACGAAAAUGUCGAUGCUCUUGUCAACGUCCUUGAAGAACACAGCAUCGACACCGUUAUUUCCGCCUUGAACCCGGAAUCCGAGAAACCCAGCAACGCUCAGAUCAACCUCAUUGCUGCUGCGGAUAAAUCGAAGACGACUCAACGCUUCGUUCCCAGCGAGUAUUUCACGCCUGUUGAUAAGAAUAACCUCAAUGAGUCUUUUGGCGAGCAAUACCGUCUGGCAAAUGCGAUCGCCAUCGAGAAGUCAGGCCUGGAGUACAUCCGCAUCUAUGCAGGAUUGUUCAUGGACUACUGGGCCAUGCCCAACGUCCACUCCUACAUGAUGCCGUUCAGCCCUGGCAUCGACAUGUCUCUCAAGAAAGCAGUUGUUCCGGGAAGAGGAAACGACGUCAUGAGCAUGACAUACACCAUCGACCUCGCCCGCUUCAUUGUUCGCCUUCUUGAUGAACCUAAUUGGCCCAAGACUGCCUCAAUCAGCGGCACAGACGCUACUUUCAACGAGAUAAUAGCUCUUCUCGAAAAGUAUCACAACGCCAAGUUCGAGGUGAUCUAUGACGAUGUAGAGAAGCUCAAGAGCGGGGAUGCAACUUUCGUGUCGAUACCCGAUGAGUCAAGCGGUAUCCCCGUGGCGCUUUUGAAGCAGAUGACAGUUGCAUUCAGUCUCAUGGUUGUCAGCGGUGUUUGCGCCUUGCCUAAGGAGGGCCGCUUGAAUGACAUGUUUCCUGAGCUGCGCCUGACGACAGUUGAAGAGCUUCUUGCGAAGGCUUGGGCUAAGAACUAA